UCAUCUUCUAGCGCUUACUCCAUGAUUCUUCACUGUUACACUUGAAGCCUUGUGUGUUUGACUUACAUCAAACCCCAUAUUUACAAUCAUGACGUCUGAUAUCAAGAUUCCCGCCUUCGAGACAACGCCAAUUGACAGCAUUGCUUCAAUUGCUGCCAAAGCUCGAGAGUCCUUCCAAUCUCAGAAGACGAAGGACCUCGAAUGGAGACUUGUACAGCUUCGAAAGCUAUACUGGGGUCUUACCGACUAUACCCCCAAGCUCCAGGCCGCCUUGAAAAAGGACAUUGGCAAGCCGUCUCACGAUGCCGUUCUAUCUGAAAUUCACCAUUGUAUCCAAGAGUUGAAUAUGUUUUUCAAGAAGUUGAAGGACUGGGUAAAGGACGAUAGGAGCAUUGAGUAUGAUUUGACCUUCACGGCCGUGAAGCCACGCAUCAGAAAGGAGCCUCUUGGCACUGUCCUCAUUAUCGGCCCUUACAAUUUUCCCCUGAUGCUGAACAUUGCACCUCUCAUUGGUGCUAUUGGGGCGGGAUGCACUGCUGUGAUUAAGCCUUCUGAGAACGCCCCAGCGACUGCUAUGGUCAUGAAGGAGAUGGUCGAGAAUUAUCUCGAUCCAACAUCCUUCUUCGUCGUCAACGGAACCGUACCCGAGACCACCGCCCUACUUAAUGAAAAGUGGGACAAGAUUUUUUACACCGGAAACAGCACUGUCGCGAGAAUCAUCGCGAAGAAGGCAGCCGAGACACUUACGCCAGUCGUUCUCGAGCUCGGAGGUCGAAAUCCUUCGUUCAUCUCUAAAUCUACCGAUCUAGCAUUGGCUGCAAGGCGUCUCCUUUGGGGCAAGACUAUCAAUGCCGGCCAAGUCUGUUUAUCACAAAACUAUGUGGCUGUCCAGAGAGAUGUAGUCGAGGACUUCAUCAAGUAUCUCAAAGCAACCUACAAGGAAUUCUACCCUGAUGGAGCGCAGGCAAGCCCUGAUUAUGCACGCAUCGUCAACGAGCGGCACUUCGACCGCAUCAAGAACAUGAUCGACACUACCAAUGGUAAGGUCGUUCUAGGCGGAGAGACGGAUAGAUCUGAUCUCUACAUCUCGCCGACUGUUAUCCUCGUGGAUUCUACCGAUGACCCUGCGAUGAAGGACGAAUCUUUUGGUCCCGUGUGGUCUAUUAUCCCCUAUGAUACUUUGGACGACGCCAUCAAGAUCAUGCACAGAGUUGAUCCUACACCCCUAUCGCUCACCACGUUCGGAUCGAAGGCCGAGAACGAAAGGAUUCUCAACGAAGUAACCUCCGGCGGCGCCACCAUCAACGACGCCUGGUUCCAUGGGGCCAUCGCCACGAUACCCUUUGGCGGCGUCGGCGAAUCCGGCACAGGCUCGUACCACGGGCGCGCGGGUUUUGACUGCUUCACGCACCGACGCACCGUGGUUGAGGUGCCGAGUUGGAUGGAUAAGCUCCUGCGGGUGCGAUAUGCGCCUUUCUCGCCGUCCGACUUCAAACGGCAUAUAUGGAUGACCAGCGCUAAGCCCAACUUCGACCGCGACGGCCGCCCCAUAACCGGCCUUCGCUACUGGGUCUGGCUCAUCCUUGGGCUUGGUGGCCCUUCUGCCAAAGGUGCGUUGCUGCGUUGGGUCGUCCUCCUCGCCUCCGCCUACGCCGCUUUCUCCCACUAUCGGGGUUCGAGUUUGAUGUUCGGUUUGGCUGACUGGUGAAAAGAUGACGGACCUCGAGCU